CACUGAGGUACCGAACACUGGAAGAGACGGGAUUCACCUUGAGUUCUAUGUUUGGAAAAAAAAACCUCAAAAGGCAAAGCAAAAGGUUGUCAAUUAAGAACCAGGAGCCAUGAAGAUCGGAUGCCUUGCCCUUUUGUGCACCCUGAUUGUGCUCUCUCAGAUAUUACAUGCUGACUGUGAAGGAAAGAAAGAGAGAAAGAAAGAGCGAACAAACACUGGAAAAGGUGGAAGGCAACAUUCCGGAUCCAGUCCUCAGAAUGGAAAUGGUCAGAAAGCCCGAGGACAGAAAGGCAACCAUAAAGGCAAGUUUAUCAGCAAAGAGAAGUCUCAGUGCACCUGGACACUGAAUGAAGGAGAGGCGGCUACCUUAAAAAUAGAUUGCAAGAGAGAGGGACACGAUGUCUCCUGUACGUUUUCAGGCAACCCUUCCACUUGCCCCCAAUUUUCAGAAAAUCGAAACCUCUUCUGGAAGCAAAUUACCAGGUCUCUCAAGAGGCAGAAGAACAUCUGCGAGGACUCAAAAGGCAUCUUGAAAUCUCAGAUCUGUAAGAAAGGACCUGCAAGUGCCCACCUUAGAAUGGUGGUAACAUCACAUAAUUUUGAACGAGAGAAGCCAGUUCUCCAUGGAAGGGAGACUUUGACGGGAACAGGAUCUCCUGUUUCUUCUGAAAAUCUACCGGAACAAGGAUCCAGUGAUUGUGUUGAAGACAUUGAUUAUGUCGAUCAGAAAAAGGUGGCUGAACAGUAUUGCUCAGAGUCAUGGCUAUCUCUCUGUAACUUUUUCGUUUCCAUGUUACAAGAUAAAAAGUGCAAGUAAAAUACAAGAAUGUUAGUAGCUAAAUUAUACUGCACGAGCAGCCUAACUCAGCACAAGGUCCAAGGUUGAAUACCCUUUGAAUACAGCCCUUUGAAUACAGUAUAGCUCUGGUCAGCAACUAGUUUUACUCGAUGUCCACUCUGAGUAAAGGAGUGAUCCCUCACCCCACUUUCAAACAGAAUUGCUGGCAAAUCUAUUGAUAGUAACAACCAGGACUUUUUUUCAGCAGGAACGUGGCGGAACAGAGUUCUGACACCUCUUGAAAAUGGUCACAUGGCCGGUGGCCCCGCCCCCUGAUCUCCAGACGGAGGGGAGUUUAGAUUGCCCUCCGCGCCGCUGGCAAUCUAAACUCCCCUCUGUCUGGAGAUCAGGGGGCGGGGCCACCACCCAUGUGACCAUUUUCGCCAAGGGUGAUUUAAACUUUAAAAAACUCCCCCCUUGUUCCAGCUGACCCAAAGUGACAUCAUUGUGUGGUCCUGAGUCCCACCACUGAGUUCCACCACCUCUUUUCCCAGAAAAAAAAGCCCUGGUAACAACUCCCCGUUGCUUCCAUGUUAUCAAUUGGGUGUGUGUGGAGGGCGUGGGGGGGGGAUCAGAUUGUACAACUCAGUGGGCCAGAUUUAACCCAGGGGCAGUUAGCAAAAGAUGCCCACACAGAAGUGGGGGAUGUAAACAUUCAAAGGGAAACUUUAAACAUUUGGUUUUUUAAAAAGAGUUUCCCCCCCCUAGAAGACACUGGUUACUGCUUGCCAAGACUGCUAUAUAUUUUAUUUGCCUACAGAGAGAAAAUAAUUUAUAUAGGAGUGCUAUACAAUUGUUACCCUUGUAUGUUACAAACUCUGUAAAAAUGUAUAUAUUACCUUCUGUUGUGUCCUCUUUCCCCUCCUGGCAUUUGUUACCGAAGGGAUGGUUUCAGUGCUAUGCACUUUUUGAUAAUUUGGAGUUGCUAAAAAUAAAGUUAUUUGCCUUUUAAA